UUUCCCUUGCAGAAAAAUUUGCCGUCAAAGCCCAGCAAUACAGGACUACCCCCUCCGUACCCGUACUCAGGAGGGAGGGAAAGACCCAGGUCAGAGAUCAUCACAGGCAACAAGAGGUAUUCUGGUCAUCACAACGUUCCAGCUGGAAUGGUGAGAGGAUAUAACCAUGGCAACACCAUGGCAACCAAACCUGCCUUCCAAACUCCGAUAAACAGUAAGCCCAUCAGUGAGGAAGACCAGGACACAGACAUGGCAGGCAGCAGACUGGGGAGACCAGCCAGCCAUGGAGGCUCCAUCACAAACAUCCACGCCACCAUUUCCGAGUCCAUGGAGUCAUUAGAUGAAGGUGCAGCUGGUGUGGAUGAUCUACAAGAGGACGCUGACCUCCUGUUUAAGGGGAUGGAACCACAGACAUGGAGGGAAACUAUUGAUAACAAGACAUUAAAGAAACUCAAGUUGUCCGACAGAGACAUCAAGAGACAAAAUGCCAUCUAUGAAUUUAUGCGCACAGAAAUGCAACAUUUUAAAACGCUGAAAAUCAUGCAGAGAAUAUUUGCCCAUGGCAUGCUGUAUGAGCUGCAUAUGGAGCCUACGGUGGUUGACCAGAUCUUCCCAGCCCUGGACGACAUCAUUGACCUUCACACGACCUUCAAACAGAACCUUCAGGACAGGCACAAGGAGCAGACACCUGUCGUGGAGAAGGUCGGAGACGUCAUUUGCCAACAGUUCCAGGAUGAGAUAGGUGAGCGUAUGACAGAGGCGUACGGUGAGCUGUGCAGUAAGCAGGCUGACGCCAUCAACCUGUACAAGGAGUGGUACACCAGGGACAGGAAGUUCCAGAACUUUAUCAAGAAGUGUAGCCACAUCCCCCUGUGCAGAAGGUUUGGUGUUCCUGAGCACAUCCGCCUGGUGUCCCAGCGCAUCACCCAGUACCCACUCCUCAUCGAUGCCAUCAUAAAGAGAACCAAAGAAUCUAAAGCUGACCAUGAACCUCUAAAACAGUCAAGACAACUAGUUGUGGACCUGUUGAACAGAGUAGAUGAGAUGGUAGACGACUACAACAGGCAGCAGAAGCUACUAGAGAUCUACAACAGGCUGGAGAAGGGCCAUGCAACCUUCAAGAAUGGCAGGAAGUUCAGGAGAGAUGACCUUCUCCAUAACCACCGUAAGCUGAUCCAUGAAGGAGUCGUUGGCUGGAAAAAUGCUAGAGGAACUGUCAAAGAGGUGACAGCUGUGGUGCUAUCUGACAUGCUGCUCUUCCUACAUGAGAACAACCAGAGAUACUCCUUCUACUCACAGGACCAAAAAUCUGCUGUUAUUCCGCUCUUUAAGUUGCUGGUGCGAGAAGUAGCGAACGAGGAGCGCAGUCUGUUCCUGAUCUCGGCUAACACAGUAGAGAUGUACGAGAUCAUGUGUGUGGACGGGAAGGAGCGGGAAACGUGGAUGAAAAUUGUCAGGGAGGCAGUCAACAACUGUCCUGAGGAAGAAGAUGAAGGAAUGAAGAGUGAAACAGAGGAGGAAAGAAAAAUCACAGAAGCCAGGACAGCCAAGAUGAACCAGCUCAUAGAGGAGAUGACCAACAGGGAUCGCGAGGUCAACCAUCAACUGCAGGAGAAGAUGAAGGCACUCGCAGGACUCACCGAGCUGAUUGGGAGAGAAGACAUUGCCCAACAGCUGAAACCCACCUACUCCCUGGCCAUAGACACAGGGGAGGAGCUGCAACCCAAGAAAUGGCUGCAGGCAGCCAUUCAAGAAGCUGAGAACCUGAAGAACACGCUGUACGGCCCUGGCGGCCACCUGAGUCGCAGUGUGAGCAGCGUGGGGGAACACGGCAGCGGCUCCCACCUCUCCCCCGUCCUGCCCAAACGCAACCGGACAUUUGGGGGCUUCGAUGCCAACGCCAAGGAGGAGUCAGGCACUGGAGGGAGAGGUUCCUUUAAGAAGCGUUUCCCAGCCUCCACGCUGAACGAUGCUGAUCAGAGCAGCAGUUCUCCCGACCUGCCCAGCAGGGUGGGCGGGGCCAGCGGAGACAGACAGCAGCUGUCUCACAGCAAGUCAGACAGCGUCAGCCCCACCGAGCAGGAACACAGGUCAUUCAAGCUGUCGCUGGCUCUUCUUCAGGCUUUCUCUCUCAUCCCCCUGAGACCCAUCCUCAGUCUCCCACCCAAGGUUGGACUGGACCGGAGAGGCAGCAGUGCCAGUAGGAAAGUCCACAUGGAGGAGGACGGUCAACAGACACCCAGCGAACACAGCUCUCAAGGAGACAUCUCAGGAAGAGGUUCACCACCCCCGUACUCAUUGGUACCACCCAGCUCAGAUCACAUUUCCUCGGUCGCCAACCUGAUCGACUACUUGUGUCGCCUCCAGUCUACUAUCUCACAGCAGGACACUGCAUUGGAAAGGUACAAGGUGCAGUUGCUGGAAGCUAACGAGAGGAUAUCCAAGUACCAACAAGUCCAGGAGAAGGAGAGCAAACGGAGUGUCGAGAAGCAACUGGAGGAACUCAGACAGCUUCAGGACCACUUGAGCAGAGAGCGUCACCAGUGGGAGAAGCAGAAGAAGAGGAAAGAGCGUGAGCUUCAGAAGGAGGUGGAGUCCCUGGAGCAGGAGCGCUCCGAGUUCCAGCGCGAGAGAGAACACUUCCGUCACUCCCGCGACACCAUGGGCAACACCGGCUCCCAGGGACAGUACCGGUCCGUGUCCAGCGCCAGCUACACCGAGGAGGACAUCUGGAUACAGAGGACUACCGGCGAGGGGAGCGACAACGAGGGCUCCUCCUCCAGUGCCUUCUACCCAAGCCCGGUCUCGGACAGCGGGCUCUCGAACGAGACGCCUCCGGGCACGCUGGAGAGGCACAGCUCCUCCUCGUCCCUCUCGCGCAAGACCAGCUCCAAACACAUCCACGAAGUGCCUCCGCAUCUCAUGAGCGCGACCAAUCAGGAAGCAAUAAGGCAACGGCCAAAGAGCCCCCCGUUCAAGCAGCAGCUGCCGCUGAAGCUGGCCAGUCAGAGCAACCUUCAGCAGCAGCAGCAGGGGCUGGUUACAACCAACAAUAACGUCCGGGACGGCGUCAGGCCGACCGUCAGUCCCGGGCAGCAGCAGCAGAUGAUACCAAAGAAACUUUCGAACAGCGGCUCCGGUUCGAGCCUGCACUCGGGCGGCUCCGGGUCCAGUCUACAUUCCACGGGGAGCUCCUCCAGCCCCAACAGGGGGUCCUCUUCCUCCUCCCAGAGAAACUCUCCCCCCGGGUCCUCGCAGAGACACUCCCCGAACCAGCAGGUGAUCCCGGGGAAGCUGGUGUCCAGCACGACGGUGGUGGCGCACAGCCGGACUCACUCGCUGCCGGUGCACUCGCACUACGACCAGCACAGCCCGCCGCCCGCACACAACAACAACGAGGAGCCGCCGGUCACCACGCCCACCUCACCAGAACAGAAGGUCAUCUACUUCUGAAUCAAGGCGCUUGUGAAUGAUCUGCUGCCAGACAAGUGUUGCAUCCACCUGCAAUAUGCACCAGACCAGAUAGAGGGCUCUGCUGUCUUAGGAGAUAUGCAAGGAUGAUGAGUGGCCAAUUGCAAAGCAAAAGAAAAAUGGCAAAAGCUUCUUAGUGUUACUCCAAUAUUGUAUCAAAUGAUCGCUUAGAGAUGUGAUAUUCUGUAGAGAUGUAAAUAAUUUCGAAGUUAUAUAGUCUAAAAGUUAUACCGAUUGUAUUUUACUAUAUUAUCUUCAUGUUGAUAUGAUUUUUGUCGUUGGAUUUGAUAUGUAAAUCAUUGCAAGUCCCCUUAUUGUUUGUAUUUCUGUUCUGUGUAAGAUCGUAUUACAUACGCCCUGUAGAACUGCUUUUGGUCAACCUGUAAUAGCAACUCAAUGCAGAGGCUAGUUUUUAUUCAUAAGUUUAAUAUCCCAAUGGGAUUUAGUCUGUCAAAAACGAGACUUCAGCAUAAUGUGGUUCUGUUUCACUAUGAUGUAAUAUCCUCUAUGUUGAACCAUAUAUUAUAAUGGCUUAUCCUUAGACGAAUAAGGAUGACCACAUACUUGGCUGUAAGUGCCAGUGUACUUCAUUUUCUAAGUGCCCUUUAGUGACAAAUUUGAUACAUACUGUAGGUCUAUAGAUACCAAUCAUAAUAAUGUACACUUACAAAUGUACUUUAAUACUCACCGCAAAGACAUUGAGGAUCAAUUUUUGUUUUAAGAAUGUAGCAUAAAAGAUGCUUAAAGCUGCUUAAAAGUGUGUUAGUUGAGGUUGUACU